GUAAGGGUGUUGAUUCUCAAGCUGGAACAUUGGAGGAAAAAAAAGAUACUGUAUUUUUACACAUAAAACAGGCAAAAAGAAACGGAUGUGCACCAGGAAACGCAACGGCUACCACCCUCCAGAUCAUUUUAAUGCAAAAAUUAAGAGGUCCGCGGCCUGCGGGGGGAUGACAUGCAUGUGUCCAGGCAAUUAACAUCAUUGUGGAUUUUAAGACUAGUAGGCUGCCAUCCGCCAAGCCAUGAUGGACAUUCUGUACACAGGCCCUGUCCCGGCAGACCGUGAGUCUCCGAUGACAGGGAGCGAGAUGUCCCCAGGCCACGCCCAGCAUUCCUCCCCCACACAGAAACCCAACACCUGCUGCUUCUGCUGGUGCUGCUGCUGUAGCUGCUCAUGUCUCACUGUUAGGAGUGAAGAUGCCAAACGCGGGCGGAGGAAAGCCCUGGAGACUAAGCUAGAGCCCUUCCCAUGUGAAACUUGCAUCAAACCGACGGUGGAGGAGAUUAAACAGUGGGCGCAAUCUUUUGAUAAGCUGAUGAAGAACCCGGCAGGGAGGAACAAGUUCCGUGAGUUCCUUCGGACGGAGUACAGUGAAGAGAACAUGCUCUUCUGGUUGGCCUGCGAGGACCUGAAGAUGGAAAUCAACAAGAGCGCCAUCGAGGAGAAAUCGCGUGUGAUUUACGAAGACUAUAUUUCCAUCCUCUCUCCCAAAGAGGUGAGUCUGGACUCUCGAGUGAGGGAAGUGAUCAACAGAAGGAUGCAGGAUCCAUCCCCUCACAUAUUUGAGGAUGCACAGCUGCAGAUCUACACCCUCAUGCACAGAGACUCCUACCCACGAUUCCUCAACUCCUCCAUCUACAGAUCACUGGUGCAGGGGGGGUCACGCUCUUCGUCUGAGUCAUAGACCCCUCUCUCUCCCUCUGUCUCACAUUCUCCCCAUCCACCCCUUUGUUUCUCCUCAUUUAUUUCCAUUGCAAACUUACUCAAGGAUAAAAUACUCCUUUUUUUGUGUCAUCAUGGUUGGAUUAUUAUUUAUAUUUUUUCCCUUGGUCAAUGCUCCUCUGUCAUUUUUGAGGGAAUCCCUCAUUUGUUGGCAUUUCUCCUGAAUCUGCACAGACUGAAACUGGAAGACACGGGGUUGAAAAUGCUUUUGUCUUCAUUUUUACGUUAAACACAUUUUACAUCUUCUGAUGUCUCUAGUUGAAAAGAGCUGAGAGGGCCUCGGCAAUAACAUAUACUGGCGUGACCUGUCCAAUCUGCUCCUCUUUCCUCAAUCGUGUCCAUUUUCUAUGUGCUCUGAUUGGCUCUCUGAGGUGAGAGGCUGAGUGGCGAUUGACUGGUUGAUUGAAUAGAGUGGAAUAAAGUGGAUCUAUGGAGAUUUCUGCAGGUACAGAUUCCGUAUGGGAAUGGCCAUUUCUAAUAACUGAUAUCAAUAAGAUGAGAGAGGACCACCACCGAUUUUAGAUAUAUAAAAAAACAAAGAAAAGAAAAAAAAAACAUGAGAGAAUGCCAGGGUUUUAAUUAGACUUGUCACUUAAACACAUUUCAAAUUGAGUAUUUUUAACGUUAUUUAUUUUUUUAUUAAACUGUGAUUUGAUUUUUCUCCUUGCACAUACAGUAUAUUAAAGAAAAGCUGGAAAAGUUGUGACAUACUGAGCAAGCUGUUAGUACUGAGUGUUCAACAGCACUGUAUCGGCCCUCACUGUGUGCGUGUGUGUGUGUGUGUGUGUUUCUAAGAGGUUGUCGGGUGUAAAAAUCACGUUUCUCUGGUGCCUCCUGUAGGUAGGUGAAGGUACUGCAGUUGAUCGUAAUAGACAUUUACCCAUUCUAUCCAUUUUUGCUUCUGUUCUGGUAAUCUGUUUUUCUGUCUGUUUUUCUGUCAGAAAUGCCAAGCGAUUUUUUUUUGAGCAGCAAAAUCGGAGACACAAAAUCUUAGCUGUGAGAACACCACUCCAACUGUUUUCAGAAAUCUCAGACACAAGACAUACUACUUAAUAGAUCAUGUGUUAUAUUGCUUUUCGGCUGAAUUAAAAGAACAAUUCUCAGAAACAAGAGAAUCUAUGGCCAAAACCUGUUAUAUUGCAGUAAAAUUGUUAGAUUUACCUUUUCCGACAAAUUUACCAAAUCUGCUAUUCACAAAUGAUAGCAUUACAUCUUUUAUCUAUUCUGAUACCAUUCACACAUCAGCACCAAAAUGCUACUGAAACUCUGAUGUCACUUGGCCAAAAUGCCCUUCUGUGAAAGAGAGAAGCGCUAAAUUCGGAAUCGCACACUACCAUUCCACUAGUGCUAUAUACAGAAUUUAGGUACUGGCUCAAGGUACUGGCUCAAACUCUUUGACAGCAAUAUCUUACUUUAAAGCGUCCUCACCUCAUUCAAGCUCAAACCGGUAAUCUUAUGACUCUGUUUACACAUAGAAUAAAUACAGAUCUUUUCUGACAGAUUUUUGUGACGGAAAAAUGGCCAGAGCUGAUUUGCUGGCAUUUCAACGACAGUCCCUUAUCACACAUGACCAAAUAGAAAUGUGUGUUUUGAAAAAAGGUGUUUUCUCAUGCCUUUUACACACUGUGUUUUUAAGGGGACAUUCUCCUACAAUAUUUGUUAGCAUUAGCAAACAAGCACUGCAUGAGUUGGAUACACUGUACAGGUAGCCUUACAAAGAAGCCAUUAGCUGCUAUAAAAACCCAUUUGAAUUCAACAAGAAAUCAAAAUUGUCUCUUUAUUUUAUUUACAGGUCCCUAGUCUUAUGCUACAAGAUUUUUCUGUGCACAUUAUAAAAAUGUUAAUUUUGGGGGGCAAAACAUAAAGCACAUAUGGGUUUUCAUAUAGGAACAUUUCAAUGUCACUCCAAACAUUACAAGUUGCUUGCUCACAUAGUGAAACAAUUUCAGUGUUAUGUAUGCACUCAUGCUAAAGCUAGUUUCCUUAGCAGAUGCCUUCAACAUUGACAUGCAUCUUUUUUAAAGGUAUUGUUCACCUCAAAAGGAAAAAAUCUGUCAUAGUUUACUCGUGUUGUGCUAAACCUGUAUGACUUACUUUCUUCUGUGGAACACAAGGAGAUGUUAGCUGAAAGUUUACCUCAGUCACCUUUAACUUUUAUUAAAAAAAAUAAAAUUAAAAAAAUAAAAGCUGCAAUAAAAGUGAAUGGUGACCGAGAGUGUCAAUGUGCCUAACAUCUCCUUUUGUGUUCCAUGGAGAUCAAUAAAGGAAGUCAAGGUUUGGAAUAACAUGAAGCUUAGUAAAUAACUAUUCCUUUUAAUCAGCUAGAUAUUAAGAAUAUAGGGAAGUUGACGACAGUGAAAUUGGAGUUAGUGUUAACACUGCGGUACCGCUCGAAUUUUUGUUUGUUUAUCAAAACAUAUAAUGUGAAUAUGAAACCCAAUCAGUACUGUGCAAAUGGGUCCACACAAUAGCGGAGGAAAUCAAGCGUGGAUUUUAUCAUAGAAUUUGUCUUUUUAUAUCCACACUGAUCUGACUAUUGAUUAAUGAAGAGGAUGUGUGUAGAAUCUUGUGUUCUCGUCCACUGGAGGUUAGAGUUUCCUGUAAGCAUCGAUUCUUAAACAGUGGUGGUUUCAUGCUUCUUGUAGUUUGAGAAACUGAUCGAGUCCAGUGCUGCGUUCCACUUGACUUUAAACAUCCACUACUGGCUAACUCCCCUAAGCACUUCCCCUCGGGGGAAUCACCACCGCCAUUUUGGAAGUCCGUUCUGAGCAAGGGAAGUUUCUGCUGACAGACCCUCAACCUAUCGAUUUUGGUCAAGGGAACGAGCCUACAUAAUGUACGCUUUGGGCAGAUUAAUAUGCCACAAUGCAACUCGAUUGUGACAUGACAGCAGACCAUGCUUCAUGAACCCCACCCAACUCUAAUGUAUGAUGAAAGUGAAGUUAGGUCAAGCGGUUUAGAAAAUGUUAUUGAGAUUUAACAGCAUAAUACUUGUAGUUACCUUAAACUGUUUAUCACAUAGUUAUAGCCUGUGUUCAUUGUUAUGUUACUGUUUUCGUUUUGUAAAGUUUGAUUAAUCCAUUCUAACAAUUAAUUCUUAUAAAUUGUUUUUGAAACAUAUAAGAUUUAUACAUAAGCCUCUGACAUUUCAACUAAUCUUUACCUCAAUCUGUGGUUGCAGAUUGAUCUCCAAAAAUUUUGUUUUCUCAGGUGCAAAAAUCACUUAAUAGUUCUACAAACUGACAUCUGCUCUCAACAUGCUCCAAGUUAUCAAGGGUUUAGGAUGUUCCAGUUAAACCUAUUACAUGGGUUCUACCAGUAGUGGACAUUCAUGCAACGUUAGCAAUGAUGUACACCUGAGUCCAUGAGGCAGCGGGAAGUUAGCGAGGGAAGGGACUAAACAUUUGAAGUGGAACGCAGCCCUGUAUUUCAACGAAUUCUCAAACAAUAUCAGAACUCAUUUCAUAUUGAAAUGGGAUAAAAGCAUCCACAUCUGCCUGGUACUUCCAGGAUUUGGUUAUUUGUAAAUAUAUACAUUAAACUUAGAGCAAAAUAUACAAAUCUAUAUUCAAAUAAGAAAGCUUAAAAACAGACUUGGCAGACAGUGGGAAUUUAUAGGAUUUAGUCAUUUAGCAUUUUUGCCAAACACUAUUUAAACUUCAUGUACUGUAGUACAUGAAAGAUGCUUUUUAUUUCUUCAUUAGUUGUGCAUGAAUAUGUAAAUUUUUAAAUAUAUGUGUAAUAUGUGUGUGUAUGGGUAUAUAUGUACAUGAACAUACAGAACAUUUAGUAUUGCUCUUAUUGUCCAAAAUUAUGUUACCAGUCUAACUUAAGCCAGAUGGAUUGUGUCCGAUGAAACGGUUAUGUAGGCUACAGUAUAAGGUCAUGUGAACUAGUAGUAGGACAACUGGAGUGAGAGAUCAGUAUUCAUUGAGGCCUUUAACAGCUCACUCUCAAUAUCAUUACACGGAUACGCGCGCACGCACGCACGCACGCACACACACACACACACACACACACACACACACACACACACAAUCCCAUUCUUUAAAUAAUAUACAGCCAUAGCCAAAAUUAUUGGCAGCGACAUAAAAAAAAAGACAUAGUUUGCUGCUUCUGUAUUUGUAGAUAAUUUUUUCACAUGUUUCUAUGGUGUACUGGAAAAUAAUGAUAAGCGUUUCAUGAGUUUUAAAGGAUUUUAUUGGCAAAACACUCAAUAUAUGCAAAGAGUCAAUAUUUACAUUGUUGACCCUUGUUCUUCAUAUCCUCUGCAAUUCGCUCUGGCAUGCUGGAUAUCAUCUUCUGGGCCAAAUCCUGACUGAUGGCGAACCAUUCUUGACUUAUUAGUGCUCAGAUUUGAUCACAAUUUGUGGGCUUCUGUUUGUCCACUCGCCUAUUGAGGAUUGACCAAAGGUUCUCUAUGGGAUUAAGAUCCGGGGAGCUGCCUGGCCACGGAUCCAAAAUUUCAAUGUAAUGAUCUCUGAGCCACUUCAUUAUCACUCAUGCCUUGUGACAUGGUGCUCCAUCAUGCUGGAAAAUGCACAAAUCAUCACCAAAUUGCUCCUGGAUCGUUGGGGGAACGAGGAGGAGUUUUGUUACCAUUCUUUAUUCAUGGCAGUGUUUUUGGGCAGAAUUGUGAGCGAGCCCACUCCCUUGAAUGAAAAGCAACCUUUUCUUCUCCGAACUGUCGAUUUUCCAGAUGUCCCAAACAGUCAGAAGGGGCUUCAUCAGAAUAAAUAACUUUGCACCAGUAUUCUGCUGUCCAAUCCUUGUACUUCCUGCAGAAUUUCAGUCUGUCCUUGAUGUUUUUCUUGGAAAGAAGUAGCUUCUUUGCUGCCCUUCUUGACACCAGGCCAUUGUUCAAAAGUCUUCACCUCAUUGUGCAUGCAGAUGCACACCAACCUGCUGCAAAUAUUGAGCAAGCUCUGUACUGGUGGUGACAGGAUUUCGUAGCUGACUUCUCAGGAGACGAUGAUCCUGGCGCUUGCUGGACACUCUGGGAUGUCCUGAAGCCUUCUUCACUGCAGUUAAACCUCUCUCCUUGAAGUUCUUGAUGAUCCGGUAAAUGGUUCUUUCAGGUGCAAUAUUCUUUGCAGCAAUUUCCUUGCAUGUGAGGCCAUUUAGGCAAGUUUUCUUUAGAGGUAACCAUUGCUAACAAGAACACAAUGAUUGGAAUGGCACUUCUUCCCUCCUUUUAUAGCAAUCAUUCUGCUCUUAUAAUCCAAUCAGAAUGAUCGAGUGAUUUCACGUGAUUAGUACUCAUUCACACUUUCCUAGGUGCUGCUGAUAUGAUUAGUGAAAUGAUGUCAACUUGUCAUUUUGUGCCAGGGCCAAAAAAGUGAUUUAUUUAAAAUCUGAUCACUCAAUCUAGAAACAAUGUGAAUCAACACCACAACAACUGAAGCAGAAAAAUAAGCAAAACACAAUUUGUCACUGCUAAUACUUUUGACCAUGGCUGUACACUUUAAAACACCGUAAAAUAGGCGAGUGUGCUCGUGGACCUCUCAGAGUUUCACUUUGCAUGUGCAAUUUAUGUUCACACUAAAAGUGAUUAAAUUGCCAUAGCUUCCAACUGUCUCAAAAGGCAGAUCAUAUGAUCUCCACUGUCUACACACCCAUUGGUAGUCACAGCUCAUUUACAUAACAUUAAACUUUGUUGCAUCCUCAAUGGUUGCUGUUGUUUAUGUCGCCUCAAAUUGCAAUCUCAUCAGAAUUAUAAACUUCCUUUGGAUUUUUCGCCGCAAAUCACUGUCAGUGUGAAUGCAACACAUUGUAACUGUAAAUUUGAACACUUCUAUUAAAAUAAACAAAGCUUUAUAUGUUACAGGUGUUUGAAACAUUCAGAACACAAAAAUGGUACAUCGAAAAGCAUGCUUUCAGCUUUGACAAUAUUUUGAUUAAAAUAGCAGAAUUCUAUUUUGUCACAUCAAAGCUGUCGACGUCGCAAGAAUCUGAAACAUUUCAAACGCAAAAUCGGUAGAUGGAAAAGCACACUCGUAGUGUGGAGAACUGCCACAAAGGUGCAUUCUAAUUUAGUGCAACAAAGCCAUCUACACUGCAAGUGUGCGAAACAUUGAAAAACGGUGCAUCAAUUGUAGUGUGGACAAUUUUGAUGGGAAUGUUUUCAUUUUUUUUGCAUUGUUUGCUUGCAGUGUACAAACAGUAUGGGGCAUCGUUUCCCAGAUGAUAAUCCACUUUCAGCUGAAAACGGUUGAACAGAACAGACAGACUUUCACAAAUUUGUUUUUGAUUGGAGACAGGGACUGUGACCUAGUUGCUGCUUAUGUUUACAUAGAUUUCUUUAAGGUGCCAAAUUAAUCUAGCCUUCUUAGUCUCAAACUAAGGACAUUUGUGUGGAUGCGUGAAUACAAGCGCAGGUCUGUGUCAAUGUGUUCCCAUGCAGUCAUCUGCAUUACAUGUUUUCUACAUAGUUAACAUAUUGCAGCACACCAUCACCAAAUAGUCACGACCUUUAAUUUUUUGUUGAGAUGUUUGGUUUCAGUGUUUUAAUUCAAAUCAAGAACUUGCACAUGGCAGCCUCAAUUUUGCCAUCUAAUUUUCACUCAUUUACCUUUCUUAAUUUUCUCCUCUCUCAGCCACAUAUUUUCAUGAGAUUUGCUGUGCCAUGCCAAAUAGCAGUGAGAUCGGUCUCUCGCUCAUGGACUUCUUGGACUCUUAUUUAUGGACAUUAGCAUUAUAUUUUGUAUUAAAAUAAAUCAAGUUAUGUUUUUAGACUAUGUUUAUGGAUUUCUGGACCAUUUCUUUUUUUGUUUGUUUCCUGAAGUCUAUGGCAUUACUGUGUAAACUCUAAUCACCUUUAUUUGCCAAAAACAGGGCACAUUCUUCAGGUUGUGGUUGGGAUGGACUAGAGGUCCCCUUUAACCCAGGCCAGCUCACUACCGGAAUUCAAAGAUGAUUUCUUCUUGAACUCGUCUGUAAUAUUCCAUAACCUCUGACUUGGUUGCAAGAUUGUUUGAAUGUUUUUUUUAAAGAGAAAAUAUGACUAAAAUGAUAA